GAAUAGGUCGCGAUCGCUGGACGCACAACUCGAUCCCGCCACCCGAUCGACGCAAGUGGGCCAGCCAGUGUGAAGUGAGAACUGGAGGCAGCGGAAAGCGGCAUUGUGGAAGUCGGAAUUAAUAGGAAGAUUUGAAGAAUUGGGAGCUUUUGUAGGGUGUGGAAUGAACUAAAGCCCAACGGCCGACAAGAGGCAGUACGGUGUGGUCCGUGGUGUGAAGCUCCAAUUUUUCCAAAACGAUCUAUUGUGUAGCGCCCAGUGCUUGAGUGUUCCAGUGUGAAUUUGAUUACCGAGAGUCGGUCCGUAGGUCGGAUGUGUCGGAAUUGCGGGAAGAAAGGUUAACCUCAACGACACACCGUUCGGACAAUCUCAGUGCAACGCGUGGACCGCGAUGGCCCAGGAAGAUGAUGUUUGCCGCCAUCUGGCUACGGACAGCAGGAGGACGGGUCACUCGGUGCGAUUGAUGCCACUAACGGUGCUGCUCGUUCUGGGCGCACUCUCCGGUCAGGUUACGGCACAGGACGCCGAGUUCGCACCGCACGUCACGGCCACCUGCAAGUCGGGCACGAUGAACAUCCGGAUCCAGUUCGCCGGCCCGUACAACGGUGUCGUGCACGCCCGGGACUUUCGGACACCGGCCUGCAUGACCUUCGGCAACGGAUCGGCCUCGCUGGCGCUCAGCCUCAACCUGCUGGCCAAGUCCGGCAACAGCGAGUACUGCGGCAUUCUCGUCAGUAACGUGAGUGGCGGUGAUCGCACCGAGGAACGCUCCGUUCAGCUGGCCGUGCGAGUGCACAAGACGCUGGAGCUUGCCGACGACAAAUUCUACGUUAUCACUUGCGGAAAAACAGGAUUCGCGAGAGAUGACAGUGGGGCCGUGGCGCUCAAGUUUCUGGACGACACCGGACGCCGGGUUCGGGAAACGGUGUACAACCGGGGGUACACGGUCAAGGCGGAAGUCACCAACCCCAACGGCACGUACGGUAUCCGCGUGAAGAACUGUCUCGCUUUCAACAAGAAAAACAUGUCCGUCGUGCUGAUCGACGAUCGCGGUUGCCCGCUGAAGAACGACACGAUGACACGAUUCCGGACGAGUGCGGACGGUACGAGUGCUACGGCGAUGAUCACGUCGAUGUUCAAGUUCGCCGAAGGCUCCGAGGUGCACUUCCAAUGCGAUGUGGUGCAGUGCAAUGGGCGCUGUCCCGAGCUGGACGAAGCGGUGUGCAGCGGCGAUGCGAACGCCAUGGUGAAGACAGCUCGCGCCCUCGGACAGGGCGACGAUGGAAUGCUGCUCGCGGCGACAACCGUCUUCGUGAUUGAUCCCGCUUUCGCACCCGUGAUUUCGGCGAUCUGCGAUGAUACCGGGAUCCGUCCGCACUGGUUACUGUGGCUGACCAUUGCCCUCGGUGUUCUGUUUCUGAUCAUGCUGCUCAUGAACAUCUUCCUCUGUACGGCCAUGAGCUGCAGCUGCGCCCAGACUGAGAUUAUCGAAAAGGAGCCGUCGAUCAUCGAAGAGUACGAUCCGUACCGGAGUUGGCACGGGUCACAGUACGGUUCGCGCUACUCGCUUCAUGGGGGCCGCGAUGGAGGACACAACAAGGGCUACACGAGCGGUGGCAGCACCAUUCACUCAAAUCGAUCACUUCCAAUCGACUCGGAUCACUACGCGAUCGUGCACAGCCGGCCGGGAUCGCGGCACUCCGGUCUACACGGACAUCGGCCCCGAGGACCUCCGAGCAAUAUGUAGAGUGACAAAACCCAUCCUUUCUGCUAGCCUCCUUUCUUCUCCAUGCAGCGAUCUUUGCCAUCCGAACGGGAGUGCCGUGGAGCGGUCCCCCGUCUCGUCAGCAAGCAGUCAAAAUUUAGCAUCGGAAUGUGAAUCACCAACACUGCUAUUUGUAAAUAAUUGAACCGGCGGAAAUUCCUGGAUGGGCCGAGAGAGCAAAGGGAGGCAGUUAGAGAAAGUCCAGGUGGUUCCAGGCGCGAUUAGGGUUUUACGUUAACACUAUCAGCAAGGGGAAAGAUUUACCGUAAACAGUCGGGAACGAAUGGAAUCAUCGUUUCUCUGAACUGAACAAAUAUAGCGAACGAAAGAUUUCAAAUCCUACAUCCAGCAAUGUACGCUGCGUAAACAGGCACCCGUUUCACUGAACCUACGAACAUACCCUUUACCAUUUGGCCUUUCUCUCCAACGAAUGGUCGGCGAAGACUGACUAAUGCCAUUUAACCAUUGGUCGUUGCGGUGGCUUCGACAUCCCAUCGAAUGCUUCACAGCCCCGGAAUGAUCUGCAAAACCUUCAAUCGAUUCUGUUCUACGUUUCGUGUGGCCUCUAAGUGUUGACCACCAGUAUGGAAGAACAUUCAUACGGUACGGCAUGACUGAUUGGCCACUCAGCAACCUCUCGAAUAGGCAGUUCGAGUCAGUCAAACUUAAAAAGAAAAUUUUUAAAAUGCACGUGCGAAACCAUUGGCCUGUUAGUAGGACUAGUUGUAAUGGAUCAGAUACGCUGCACGUCGACCACACACCCCGUUGGUCAGAGGUGAAACUUUAAGCAAUACGAGUAGAUUAAUAAGUGUAACUAAAACAGCAACAGAACAGUAAACAAAAUGACAGCAAAAAACGCAAUAAUCUUAGUAAAGCUACUGGCUUCGCUGGAAACAACCGAAUACUUACAGCAACAGAAUGAUAAUGACCCUUAAUAGUGUAAAUUUUUGCGUAAAACAAAGUAGUUAA